UUUUUACUGAAAACAAUAGCAAAUAACAAUAGUCGCCCCUUCUUGUUGCCACACGGUGCUUAUGCAUGAAAUCAUGCGCCGCUUGUGGUUGUCAUUGGGGCAGAAAAAGUGGAAGCGUAACUACUGAACCUCCCCACAGUAGUGCUACAGAGAAAAGUAAGUAUCUUAGCGUCGCUGCGUCUUCCAACAUAAGUGAAAACUACAAAU